CAACUUCCGUGAUACCUUCGACAACGCUACAGCAUAGCGGGGCGAUGGAAGAACCGCAGCUCAUGUCCGAGGACGAAUUCGAAGAUACCAUAGAGUUUGACGAAGAUGCGGAGCGUCGAGCGCAGACACCGACUGCGCGGAGCUACAAACAGAACAUUCGCGAAGUGGACGAACACGAGACCUACGACGGGGCACUGCUCUCCGACGCUGAGCGGCAGUUCCUGGAUCAGCACAGGCCUACUUCUGCCUCAGAACAACGCAAAGCCAUUGUGAGACAGCCAUUCCCGCAAGCGGUCCUAGAUCGGUCCCCUAUUACUGGCACCUCUCGUGCAACAGUAUUGCGCACUUGUUUCAGGCUGGGAGAAGCACUCAAUGUGGGACACCAAGCCGUGCGCAUGAACAUCGACGUUACGAUUGAGCUAUAUGCUCGCGUCACGUCGUCCUGGCGAGAGGAGCCAUCCGGCAGAAAGCAGCAUUUCGUGUUCGCCGACCUGUUCCACGGCAAAUCGCCACAGCUCGAGGGCGUCUUUGAGCUUCACAGUCAAGCCAUUUUAUGGAACACUGACUCCGAAACUUUUCUCGAUGCCGUAGGGUCGAGCACAAUGUGCCGAGCCAUUGGCAAGAUGAAGCGAGAUGCGGAUCGAAAGUGGAGGCUCGAAAUCCGCAGUAUCUGGGAAGCAAGUUGGGAGGAUGUAGAUUGGGCUGCAGGUAUCGCAGACGCUUCAGCAUAGCAGAGGCGGUAAAGCGCAUCACAAGACAUGUUUGCUCAUUAGCUCAGGUAUCCAGCGAAUGCGGAUUGAUGAACGAGUGU